GAGCCAGGCGCGCUUGCUCGGAGAGAGACACGAGUGAGCAGCAGGGCGAGAAGACGAGGAGACGAGGAGACGAGAAAGCGAAAAGACGAGAAAGCAAAAAGACGAGAAAGCGAAAAGACGAGAAGGCGAGAAGGCGAGAGGAAAGGAAAGAGUGAACGCGCUUAAGGAGAAGAGGUCGAGGAAAGAACGGUCAUUCAAACGCGCUUCUACCAGAGAACGUUUCGUCGAAGCUAGGGAGGAGGAAGUCGAUUCUCACACACCGCCCCAGCUCUCAUGUUUGCCUCGCGAUGAUCCACGCUGUAGAGCUCUUCUUGACGAGUGACUGUGUGUGAGACACACUAGCGACGCUUCUGUGUCUUCUUUGUUUUUCCUUCGUUCUCUCCCCUUUUUAAUUACCUCUUCUCCCUCUCUAGCGACUUCAGGAAUCCUCGAGUGGAGACACCGCCUUAGUCGCGCCGCUUUCUUCCGCCCUCUCCGUCGCCACCCUCGUCUUCCUCCUCCUUCUCCAUCUUCUCCAUCUUCUUCUUCUCUUUUCUCUUCUUGCUAGUCGUUCUCCCGCUCAUUCGCCUCCGUUCCCCUUCCUCUUCUCUCUCUUCUCUCUCUUCCGUCUCUUCUCUCCGCGUCUGUGUCUUCUCCCGCUCGUUCCGUUCACCGUGAGGUUUCAGCGAGAGAGAGAGAGAGGGAGACAAGCAGCUUCUCAGCGUCUCGGGCGUCGCGGCCUUCCUUCUUGUCUUUCUUCAUGCUUCAUCUUUGUCUCCUCUUCUCUGCACUUUCUCUUUUUCGUUCCUCCCCUCUGCGUCCUCCCCCCUCUGUGGUCUCUGCUCGUUUCUCCACACCCUCUUCCCCUGCAGUCCUUCGUCGAUCUGUGCUGCUGGAAACUGUAUGCAUGCGACGUCGUUCGCUCGGCCCGGGGGCUCUCGUGUGUGUCUGCCAUCUCUUCUUGAAAUGACUUGUCUCUCUCUUCGAGCGCUGGGUGGGGAGAAGCUCGCGUCUCCUUCUCUCGCCUGUCUCCUCCCCUCACCGCCUCUGCCCCGGUGGCUCUCUUCUUCCCCUUCUUCUACAGAGUCGAGCCGCGCGUCCGCUGCCGUCCGUAGCAGACGCGGAGGAGACGCCUGUCUCCUCACCCUCGCGCGGCUCCGCUUCGUGCGCUAAACGGGGAAGAGAAAAGCGCGAGGCAGCCAGCAGAACGCCCAUUCGUCGGAAGGCGAGACGCAGAGGAAGAGAGGAAUCGCGGAAGAGAGUGGAGCGCGAGAAGCAGACGAAGGCGGAGGGAAAGAGGAGAAGAGAGAGACAAGAACAACAUAAGACAGAGGAAAGACAAAGAAUCGAAGCCUAGAGAGAACAAGACACGAUGCAGAUGGCUGCUUGUGGCGAGGAGAAAGCGGGGCCAGCUGCGUCGCACGGCCUCUGCUACGAUGAGUGGAUGCAGUGCGAAAAAUGCGAACGGUGGCGCCGGUGUCCGUCUGGGACUGCCGAGGCGUUCGCCGCGACUUCGUUCUCGUGCGACAAAAGUUUCUGGGAGUCCGUCGACCGGCGCUCCUGCGCUACUAGAGAGGAGGACUGGAGAGGCCAAGUCGUCACUCUCCACGACACUGGCGGCGAGGAGCGCCGCUGGAACAGACUGAAGCGCCCCAAGGUUGAGGCCCGGUCCGAAAAGGAGGAAGGAGACUCCUCACAGCAGCUGUCUCCGUCGUUUCGCCUGCCCUCGAGCCCCGCGGCCUUCUCUGCCGCCAGCUGGCUGUCGACUGCUGGCGCAUGCAGCGAAACGCGUCUCCACACGGCUCCCGACAGCGUCGCGGCUGCCGCACAGCGUCGUCGGCCUCCUGGCGCCUCGCCGGUUUCGCUCACCGCUGCCUCGCUCCCCGCGCAAAGACACACUGACGGAGACAGAGGAGCAGAAGGAGACAGAGCACGAGAGAGAGCAAGCGUGGAAGAGAAUCCCGCUCCAUGUUCUUCGCUUCGCCGCGCAGCUGAGAUGCCUGGAAGGCUUUUUGCCUGCAAAAGCGAGAAGGAAGGUGGAGGCCUCACUGCGUCCCUUGGCAGUCCGCGACCGCAGUUGGUUGGAGAUUUCGAGAGACCUCGAGAGCCUCACCUUCCGUGUCUUGCGCGAGAAAAGCGUCUCGCCUUCGCUUCCUUCGCAGGCCGACAGCCAGAGCUCUGUCGGGAGUCACGGGAUCCCGAAGGCGGUCGCGCCGUCGCGGCUGCUUUGCUCCGGACGCUCAACGACGCCUUAGCCUCUGCAGACAGCGAGCGUCUGCGCUGCUCGCCGUCGCAUGAGUCCCUCGAUUCUCCCCAAGUCUCGUUUGCCCGCCAGAAGUCGGCAGGAAGUCUCCUGCCGUCGCCGAGGCCAGGCCGUUGCGGCGAGACUAAGGAGACUCGACACCUGCAGAGUCGUGAGGAAGCAGAAGACCGGACUCGCCGCGCCUGUCUCGAGUUUCUGUGGACUCGCAUGCAGUCGCUAAAAGAUUCUUCCUCUUCUUCUCCACCUCUCUCUUCUUCGUUUUUUUCCUCUCUCGCCCGGGUGCCUGUGAACGCACUCGCGGCCGUCGUCGCUCGGGAGCUCGCUGACGGGGAACGGGUGUCAAUCAACUCCCAGCGGUUUCCGAAGGGAGAUGGAGGAAAUGGAGGAGAUGGAGAAGGACGAGCGUUCUCGAGAGAAAGAGAGGCGGGAAAGGAGGGGACUCCCUCCCAUUUCUCUCCUUUCUCCUCUCAGCGGAGAACGGGAGGCAUGCCCUCCCUGGGAGGCGAGCGAGGCGAGGAGGUGCUCUGGAGACGAUGCUUGCAGCGCGAGCGCAUGGAGACAGAAGAUUCAGACGGGGCGUCCUCUCUGCUGCCAGGACUCCACCUACCAAGGGAGCGCCUGUGUGGGGAGAGACUGUCUCCUCGCGGCGGAGACACUUCGGCCUGGAGGCGGGCCAUAUCGGCAGGAGGCAACACUACAGGUGUGAAGACAGAAACGGACAUCAGUCGAGAAGGAGAUUUGUCGAGAGCUCCCUCGUCGUCUCCUCCCCACACCUUGUCCUCCCGCACUCGCUUCCGUCCCUGCUUCCCUGUCUCCUGUCCCUCGCAGCCGUUUCCUCACGUGUCUCCUCGCGAGGCCUUUUUCGCUGGAACUCACGGAGCUUGCAGGGACGCGCUGGCUUCGCGCCUCAGCUCUUCUCCGUGGACCGCGGACUCGCGUCGCCCUCCGGUCUCCUUCCGGCAGGAGUCUUCUGUCUCUGUGUCUCCGCAUUCUCCAGCGUCUCCUCAUGUGUCUCCUGCGUCUCUCGCCUCGGACUUGCUGCGCCCCGCGAGCGACAUAGAGAAGGAGUUGCUGGCCUACCUCGCUUUGUUGCGAGGGUGUCGAGAGAAAGAGCAAAGUCACGAGCGAUCGCGGAGCGACGAGUCCCUGCGCGUACAUCCGAGCGUCGCUGCUUCUCUCGCGUUCCGAGAGACAAGCCGAGGCGAGAGACCGACAGACGGAUGUUUUCUGCAUGCGCCGGAGAAGGCGGUUGAUGAAUGUCGGAGACAGCAAGGAACCGCGCAGAGAGAACGAGACUCGCCGGCCUCAAGCGCGGUCGCGGAGACAGAGUGGGGUGCUUUACACAGAAGGCAGAUGCCAGACUGCAGACAGGCAUUCUCCGGCGAGGCCAGAGACGCCGCCACUCACAACGAUCCAAAGGAGCAAGCACGAAGAGAGGACAAAGAGAUAGCCCAGCAGACGGUCAGUCUCUCGACUGAUGCCCAGGUGACUCCAGUCUCUCCGGUGUCUCCUUUGGCUCCGAAGAUCGCGGCUCUGCUGCGCAUGCGGAUCAUGCAGCAAAUGGUUUUGCCCACCGACAAGCCGAACUGCUUCUCGAUCACCUCGCGCUUCAAGGCGUCGAACCAUUCGAGCAUGAUUCACGACGUCUACCGAGUAGGGAAAUAUCAACAAGCGAUCGACAUCGUCUGCUCAGAGCGCAGAAAGAAGAAGAAACUGGGUGCUCCGCCGAGCCUGGAGAAGACCUGCAAGCGCUCAGCAGACCGCCACGAGCGAAACGGAGACAGAGAGGCGGAGAAAGCAGCGAAGCAGAGAGACGAGGAGGAGAAAAAGAAGGCAGAGACAGAAGCGGCGCGGCGAGAUCGAGGAGACGCAAGGAGAGGAGGGGACUCUGGGGAGGAGAAAGAGAAAGAGAGUGUGGGAAAGGCGAGAAAGAGAAGAAAGGAGGAAACUGCCAACAAGGCAGAGUCCGAAACGGGAGCGAGAGCGACAGGGGAAGGCGAAGAAGGCGAGACCGAAGGAGAAGAAGAGGAAGCGAAAGAGUUGGAGGAACAGGAAGAAGAAGCAGGGAGAGAAGACGAAGAAAAAGACGAAGAAGAAGACGAAGACGGACCGGAUGUUCUCGAAAUCGGGACAGGACCGUAUGCACUGUUAGCGGUGAAUGCAGCAAGGGCAGGCGCUCGUCGGGUGGUUGCUUUGGAGGCGGAUAAACACAGUGCUUCUUCAGCCUCACGGUUCGUCCAGCUCUUCGGAUUUGACAAGCAAGUUUCUGUGUUGCAUGCCUACAGCAGCGAUGUGACGCGAGCUCAGUUGGCCGAGCAAUUCGCGGCGCUGCCUCUCCCCGCGCGAAGACAGAAGCCGCGCUCAAGAGACGAAGCGACAUCAGAAAAAAACACAUGGAAAGAAGGGAACUUUCGAGAAGAAUCAAAAGUUCGAGGAAAAGGAAAACAGGGAGACACAGAGACUUCGAGGAAAGACGGAGAAGGCCUUGCGAGAGAAGAGGUCAAGGCGCCGGAGCAACGUAUUAAUAAGGAAAACGAAAGAGACCGAAAGGGAGAACAGAAGGACGCCAAGAAGGACGGACAGGAAGACAGUCUGUCAUCUUCCCUGGACCGGGAGCUCCCGGGCAGGAAGCGGAAGAGAGGAAAGACAGCAAAGGACUCCCAAGUCUCCGACGCGCGACGUCUCGAGCGGAUCAAAGACACAGUGGUAGCCGUUUCGACAGCUGAGUCCUCCGUCUCCCCCGUCCGUCCUCUGUCUCCUUCUUCUUCCUGUGCUUCUCCUUCUUCCUCCCCUUCGGCCUCAGAUCCCUUUGCGCGACUGUUGAUCAUUCACGAGAUCAUUGGGGACUUUGCGGGGAACGAAGGAGUUGCAGAUGUAGUGCGUCUUUUGCAGCAUGAACUUCGUCCACACCGGCCGCGUUCGAUUCCGCUGGCGGCGAGGUCUUUCAUCCUGCCCUGCAUGUUCCCCACAUCUGCGAGUUUUCCUUUUCCUCACUUUCUUCACAAGCAGCGCAGUCGUAUUUCGCCUCGACGGCGCAUCAUCCAGGCGAUUGGCCUGCGACAGUUCGCGCUUCUGCUCGCCUCCGGUGCGUCGGAGGUCACCGUCCUCUACGGAUCGCCCUAUGCCGCGGCGGUGCAGCUGGACGGAGACGCGGAGACGGCCGCAGGGCCAGGCGAGAGCUGCUCGAAGAAAACGCGCAAGCAAGGAGACAGAGGGACAGCUGAGGCGGCCUCUCAGGUUGAGGCAGGACCAGGCGCAGGUGAAGGCAAGCGCGAGACGAAAGAAGCAGGCGAGAAGCCGACGAAAGUCGAGGCCGAAACGAGGCGCAACGGCGACGCCCGCACCGUGGUGAAGGGUGGGGCGCCGCUGCGCCGAGAGACAAGGACGAAGAACGAUAGUCCAGGAGGAGCCAGAUCUGGAGCAGAGACACCACCAGGAGAGAGGUUUAACGAAGAGGGAUCCAAAGAAGAAGAAAGCAGACUUGCAGAAGAGGCGAGAGAGAGCGCGAGUGCCCAGGAAGAAAGACAGAGUUUUUCCGCGUCGACUGGCCGCGACGACUUACAAGGCAGAGAGCGGGGCGCGACCCACAGAGACGCCGGGAGAGAGGAAGGCGAACAGCGUCGAGUUCCGCUUCUCUCUCCCGUUUUUGAGGAACUUUUGCUGGAAGAAGACAUGGAAUGCCAGAUGCAGCAGCGAAGACUCCUGCGCUUCGUCGUCGAGAAACGCGGCGCGAUGGCCGGUCUCGUCGUUACCAACGAGGUCGAACUCGUCAAGGGUCUGUGUGUGGGGACUGCAGAAUGUGUGACAAGCGGGCCGACUCCUCAUGCGUUUCCAGACGAGCAAGCGUCUGUGUGGUACAAGGCCUUCGUCUUGAUGCCCGACGAAGUGACUGUGGAGGUCGGCGACCAGGUCCUUGUCGACGCGGUGGCCGAUCUGCAGAACUACGAAGAAGAGAAAGACGAGGAAGCCGAGCGCGAGCAGAGCACGCCGGGCGAAGGAGAGAGGCGACGCGGGAAGCCGCCGCCGCGAGGCGAAGAAGCUCAGGAGCUCCCCAGGCGCUCGGCCGGACCUCAGAGGAAACGCGGCAGAAAGACCAAAAGAAGAGGCGUUCCUGUCGAGCGGGGUGUGCGUGGAGAGCGGGGAGACGAAGACCAUCAUGGAGAACAUGAAGAUGCAUGCACAGGGACAGAAGGAGAGACCGCAAACUGCAUGCAAGUUGGCGACGGGUCAAGCGGUUCUCGAAUCGGGCAGCUGUCUCCAGCCUUUCCCAAAGACCACCGAGGAAGCAGCAAAGAAGGAAGAGGAAGAGAAGAAAAAGAAGACGAAGAAGACGAUGUCGAGAAGGACAGAGAAGAAGCGAGAGACGAGCAGAAGGAAGCAGAGAGAGAAAGGAAGAAGAGCAAGAUGAGGAGGUCAGGAGUGGACGAGGAAGUCGAGAGAACGAGAGAAGAGAGGCGCAACGGGAGGCACCCGACUCGGAGGGGGCUGGUCUUUCCUGGAGCUUCUUCUUCGAUUGCUGCUUCUGCUUCUCGGCAGCCUUCGCCUGCCUCAACGGCGUGUAUGCAGUCGCGCUCACAAACGCAUGCGUCGCCGUCUCGAUCGCCCUCGAUGUCGGUGAGAAUGGAAGGCCAGAGGAGGAAGAAGCGCGAGAAAGAACUGACAGAGAAGGAAGGUGAGCAGACGGAAGAGGAAGUCGAAAAAGACGCGAUGAGGAGGGGACGACCUGGACGUCGGUCGACGAUCCCACAAGCGACGGAGAAGACAGAAGAGGACCGAUGCAGAUCUCGACGUCGAACACCGCGCGCCAAAGAGACCAGAAACGACGAGGAAGUCGAGAAACGUAACGGAGAAUCAAGAGAGCGAGAGGUGAAGGUAGAAGAGAAAGGUGAAGAAGAGAAAGGUGGAGACGAGGAAGAAAAGAAGCGUCGGGAGGGAAGGAUGACCCAGAAGAAGGAGAGAUUAGAGGCCGAAGCCCACCGAGCGCCGCGAACUUCUAAACGGACGAAAGAAGAAGCAGAGAAGAACGAGGACGACUUGACGACAAACCAAAGAAGAAGAGCGGCACCCCGCAGACGCCACACCCGAACUCGAGCACAGCGACAAGAAGAGAACGACGAAGAGGUGGAAGAAGAGAUGAAAAAUGAAAGAGAAACAAAGGAGUGCAGGCGACGGCGCGCCGCUAUUUCUCUGGAGAGGGCGAAGCGAGUUGCAACGCGAAAAACGACGCAGGAAGUGACAGAGGCCGUCGCCUCGGAACGCUUCACAAGAUCACUGCCCUCCAAGCUCAGACCUGCAAGAGUCACCCGACUAUCUGCGCGGCGGAAGAUCGCCUCUCAAUCUCCUUCUUCCUCUCCUUCCUCUCCUUCCUCUCCUUCCGCUCCUUCCUCUCCUUCCUCCUCUCCUUCUUCGCCGUCUUCCUCGUCCCCUUGUUCUUCUCCCUCUUCUUCUCACGCGCCGCUCGCGUCGGCGUCGGGGCAGAGCCGCGAGAAACGAGGAGAGAGAGACGGAUGUGUGGGGUCGCCCUCGUGGCUAAGUCAUUCGCGUCGUGAUGGUCGGGAGAAGCCGAGAGUUGCAGGAAGUCGAAUCGACACUCAGCCGCGGCCGUCGCCAAUGCGCCUGUACUCGCGUCCGUCCUACAAAUUUGAUAUUUCCAUUUUUCGUCAGGAAGAUGUUGUUGGUUCUCUCCCUUCAGGUGUCUCUCUAGCUUCUCUUUCCUCUGCAGCCUUGCGUGGACUCCGUCCGUCGUACUUUGCGUCUGUCGACGUCCCCUUUGAGGAGCAGGUUCCGCAUGCUCCGCCUUCUGAAAAAUGCCAGCAGGGCAAAAACAGAAAACGCAGUCAUGUCCCUGGAGAAGGAGACCUUUCAGCGUGACCUAGGUUCUCUUCUCAUCACGUCUCCGCUCAGGGGGUCGCCUUCGUUUCUCUCUCUGUGUCUCGGUCUGCCGCUGAGUCUCUCUCGGUGUGUGUUUCGCCUCCCUUUUCAAGUCGAUUCCACAGCCGCAGCUUCCGGUUCUGAAAGCUCAGAGACAUCCGUACAACGACGCGCACUGUGUGAGCCGCUCGUUUCUGCGCUUGUGGGAUGUUCGUGAGAGAAAGUGAGAAGAAGAGACCCAUCGGGGUGUCGAGUGUGAGGGCGCCUUUCUGCUCUCGAAAAGGAAAACGGACAGAGCAGUUGUUGUGAGAGGGGAGACGGAAGCAGAAGAAGGGAGAAGAGAGCGUGGAGGGAGGGGGCAGUCGAUAUGAAACAGCUCACGGUGACGCUCGCAUGCAGGUCCACGAAGAUUCGUUUUGAGUGUCAAGAAAGCGUGAGUCUCUCUUUUUUGGAAGUGAAAGAACCGUUCCAAUGGACGUCGAAGGUCCGCCGAACGAGGAGGCACACACGCUGUGAAAAACUAGAAAAAAUAGAAAAAGUAGACUCCAAAAACGUGGGUUCAUGCGACGUGAGAGGGUGUUGGGCUCGCGUCAGAGGGCGAAACCGCCUGCCACGAAGACAGGUAUAUUUUCACUGAGAACUCCUUUCACUGCCUGCAUCGCGCUUUUUCAAAGGAAGUUCAAAGGAUGUCUAUAACGACUUCGGGGCUGCUCGUCAGCACUCAGACCUUCUCGGUUCGCGUACAUGCCAAUGCAGGAAAGAAGCCUCUCGCGUGAGUAAAGGAUGUCUUCUCUGUGACUCUAUACAGUACAGAAGCACCAGCUUUGUUCGUUGCUGUUGAUGCAGUGUCGAAACUGGAAAGUCCAAGCGAUACACUUCUCCAAAUCCCUGAUAUACUGCUUCUGCAAGAACUAUUGCCCACUCA